UAGUUUAGGUAUGGAGUAAAUUUGAUCUUCUUCAUAUUUGUAACCCUUCCCUUUUCUCUAAAAACCCUAAUUUCAACUUUUUUUUUUGUAUCCUCUAAGAUGACAAGAUCAGAUGUAAAGAAAAAGAUGGAAGGAAAUACAUGUGACAUCAAUCACUUGGAUUCAGAUGUGCUUUUGCCUCCGCGAAAACGGCUUCUAGUAGGACUGAAAAAACAGAAUUUCGAUGAUAAUCCAUGUAGUCCAUCCUCUUCUACUGAUGAUGUUACAGAAUUUGAGUUCGAUAUGCGUCUUAAUAACCUGUUGAAGUUUCACUCGGAUGAUUGUAAUCGUUCCAUCGAGGAGAUUGUCGAGGCCUCAAAAGUGGCAGCUCUAAAAGCUGUUGAGCUUGCAAAAGCUGCAAGAGCUGUUGCUGAAGAGAAAGCUGUGAAAGCAUCAGAGGCCAUGGCUGCUGCUAAGAGUGCUAUGGAAUUGGUUGCUACUGUUUCUGGUGAGGUUACAGAUAGAGACAAGUACUCGAAGAAGAAGAAGAAGAAGAAUAAGUAUAAAGGGACCGAGAAUUGUACAACGGAUGAAGAGUUAGCUCGGAUGUUAAGUAGGACAAUAAACAGCUCUCCAAGAAUUUCGAAGAACUCAACCUCUAACUUAAGAAAUCAAAAACAUAAGAGGCUUAAAAGAUCUUCUCUUUCCGAAAAUGCUAAGCAUCAGAAUGGAAGAACGUCGUGGGAAGCAAAUCGACCUUCCACAAGCAAUGGGAUUGAUAUUGCUGGAAAUAAGGCAUCAAAUGGUCCUAGCAAGGAGAAAGAACUCAUUAGAAUAGACUCAAGCGUAGCGAAAUUCAAUAAGGCAGAUCUCAGAAAGAUGGAAAAUGGCAAAGGAGAACCAAUGAACUCAAAGGAGGAAUUCGGGGAAUCACCAAAUGAUAUAUGUAACGUUGACAAAAAGAAGGGGCGGAUGAAACAGAAAAUGUUACCCCUCAGUAAUUGCAGUCUCAGGGAUAAAGUGAACCCAAAAAGGACAUGAAUUUCAAAAAAUUCAUCGUCACCGGAUAAGAAGAUCAACAAAGUUACUGCUGCUAUUAAUGAGCCUAUAUUUCCAGUUGAUAGGUCAUCUACAUUGAAGUGCCAAACUUUUAGGCAUCCACUCGCGUUAAACAAUAAGUUGAUGCAAUCACAGUCUUCGUAUUUUAGUAUCAAGUGAGGUGGCUACCAUGAUGGGACUUAUAGUCCGAGGUAGUCUCUUUCGUGUUUUUUCUUGCUUACUUCUUUUUAUACAUAUAUCGCCUCUUCCAGCCCAAUUAACGUUUAUACAUUGAUUUUUCACUGCUUGCAUAGUUGUUUUGCACAUAAUAUGUUUCCUAUGUUGCUUCAGCAAGUGGCUCCUGAAUGCCUCAAUUAGUUCUGCCUUUCUGAGGUCGUUCACAUUACCUGUCCCAAGUCUGGGUAAAGGAGGAGGGUUGCCAAGGGUCAAUCGAAAACAACCUCUCUACCCCAUAAAGGUAGGGGUAAGGCUGCUAGCAUCUUACCCUCCCUAGACCCCACUUGUGUGAUUAGACGGGCUCCUAAAUGCCUCAAUUACAGAUGUACAAUAUGUUACUUCGUGGAUCAACUUAAUGCCUCGUGAGAUUCUAUCUCUAUCUAUUCUUGGCAACCAAAUGUUUCUUGCUAUGAAAGAUUGUUCAUCCAUCAUCGUGAUUACGUAGUUCUUGUUUCAUGUUUUAGGUUUGAUAGACUCGUCUUCUCCUUUACCAUCGAGUUUUUUGCUCUACAGAUUAGAUGAGACUAAGAUUUUGAUUUCCAUUGUGUUGACAGGUUUUUGUUAGCUUCUGGAGUUUCAUUUCCAGGUACUUUUUGUUAGCAGGAGAUGUCUGGAGUCAUUGUCAUUAUUAUUAACAUUAGAAGUGUGACAUUUGUUGUUAAAGGAAACUAAUUUAUAUCUCUUCCUUCCAUUAAUCUCAAUGUGUAAGAUUAUUUCUGAUGUAGAUAUAUCAAUCCAUUGUAAGCAUGAUAUUUUUUUUUUUUGAAUUAAUAAUUCAAUCUCUUCAGAGUUUGUGUACUUGAAACAAUGCACUGAGCAACUUAUAAUAUAAUCAUAAAAUUGCAUGA